AUGAACGACGACGAAACCGCGCUCGAACACAUACGGAUCCGAAAACGGUUCGAACUAAAAUGGGAACAGAAAACACACCGCAAAAAGGAGCUCGACCGCAACCGGGCCGGUCUGGGCGAGCUGCACCAUUCGAUCGGUGUGAUUGACCACAUUUCCGAGCAGGAAAUUAAAGGAUUGGCUGGUCGAAUUAAGCGCCGUAAGCGUUGCGAUCCGUUGGACCUGGUACGGCUCAGUUACGGGUUUCAGCAAAGCCGUGAAAACAUUUCCCACUUCAUACGAAUCACCGGUGCAAUCAACGUGAUUGUGAAGGAACUUACAGGGCACGAUUACAACCUGCAGCUGCUGGCUGCUGAAUGUCUGUGCAAUCUGUCCCUGGGGGAUGAUGUGUGCUGCGAGAAGAUAGCGAACUUUGCCGGCACGUAUCUAAUCGCGCUGGCCGAAAAUCCCAACUGUCGGCCACUGCAGCAGACGUGUUUUUGGACGUUGCAGAACAUCGUCGGAUCGAGUCCGAAGGGUAGCAAGCUGCUGUUCAGCCAAGGGUUGGUGGUAGUGAUGGUGCGAUUGCUUUCAACCGUUACGGAUCAGGAAGCUGCGGAUGAUAUCAUCUUAACGUUAGAAUUAGCACUUAAUUACGAGCAGGACAUUGAACCGAGUACUAUCCCACAAAUAGUGCAAUGUUUCGAAGGAAAGGAACUGCAUCCCAGUAGUCUUCGGCUGCUGUACAAAUGCUACGGUUUGCUGCACAACGACCUUCUACUAAACGGCUCAUUUACCUACAUUAUUCGGCAAUGUUUAAACUUUCUAUCAAGCAUUAUGGACCGACAUCUGCCAACAUAUGCAGCCUCGAUUUUGCUUUCCGUCCGUAUACUUGUACAGCACGUUGUGGCAAGCGCCAACUGCGUCGCAGAAAUUCUUCAACACCAACUGUACAAGAGGACAUUAAAAUUCUCGACACUUUUUAACGGCUGCGCGAAAGAAGACAUGCUUCCUGUUUGCAAGGAGUUUCUGUGGUUGCUAGGACAGAUUCAUAGCAACAGAGGAAACAACGAAGAAUUGUUCCAAUCGUAUCUGGCUUUCGAUAACUUUGUGGAACAAAUUUCCGUCCCCCAAGCACUGCUCUGA